AACACGCGAUUUACGCAAUCAGAAAUCCUACAAUGUGGCAUUUUAUUGACACUUUUAAUAGUUGUAAAUCGACAGUUUUCAUAAAAAAUAUUAUGUAUGUUAAAUGUUAUUUUUGGAGACUUUAUAAACUGAAAUUUUGUGCGGACUUUAAGAUUGAUUUUCACACUCUUAAAUAAUAUUUGAUUUAAAUACAAUCAAGGAAAAGAUAUAAUAUUUUCGUAAAUAUUAUCCUACGCAGUCAAGGAUACCGGCCAUUCGCAGGUGAUCAGACGAAAAUUGAGAAGUAUUUGGAUAUGAAAACUAGUUUUUGAUGGGGAUGGAAUUUUAGGCCAAUUCCUGUGAAUCCGCACAACCUAGAGACAGUGGCAUAAGGCUUCCGAUAACAGUAUCUUCGCCGGCUGGGAUAAAGCAUCUGAUAUCAUUGUGCGGCAGCGAAAAGAUAGCAAAUAGUACAGACUCUAUUGCAGACGCUUUGUCGAAACAUUUAGAUGACACAAUAACACUGAAAAUGUCAACAGAUAUGAAAGAGUUAGGCAUCAUUUUUGAUGAAGAUAAGUCGAGUUCAGACAGUUGUAGCGAUUGCUCCACGACGGAAAGCAAUGUUCAAAAUAGCUACGAGCUGAUUCAGCCCGAUGUUUCCGAAGAAAGCCUUGAAGGAAUGAGUCCUGGGAUUAUCCCCAAAGAUUCGACAGGACAGCAGUUAGAUGAUAAGAAGGUCACGACACUGUAUGAUGAAACUUCUGAUGGUAGCUUACUGAAGAAAAAGACGGCAAUGAGCGAAGAGGAUAUAACAAGAGGCCAUGAACUUUAUUUGAGACAUCUUUUACUAUUGGAACAAGCUGCUCCUGAAUCUUUAAAGGCCAUUAUAGAAAGAGAAGUCAGUAAACGCGGUAAAAGCCUAGCUUAUCUAUUAGCUGAGCGCAAAGACACAUUCAACAAGUAUCACAAUGCAGAAUUUCGUCAGUUGUUUAAAGGUGAAGAGGUCAAUACAGACAUUGAUUCUUUGGACAUACUCGUGCUUUGUACUAUAGUACUGGUCUUAUUUGAAUCACAUUUAGCUACUGUUGAGCUUGAAGCAAUAAAAGUCAUAAAAGACCAAAGGAAUGACUUAGAAAAUGAUGCCCACUCUGCUUCAAUCAACUACAAAACAUUUGAGGAAAAAUGGGUUCCGUUACAUUUGGCAUUGCUAGAGCUUAUCAAGGGUAUCCAUGACAAGAAAAGAACAUUUGAAUGCACUCGAAUGAUUCAUUCAUUUAAAUCAGAACAUAUUAGAGUUCGUUUAGAUCUAAUACAAAGAAUAAAACAGACAAAUGAUGUCAAACUGCAUCUUCAGAUGGUCAUGCAAGACAAAGUAGCUCCAAACAUACAUGGCGAUACGGACGAAACUUGCGACAAAGACGAAGAAAACGAGGCAGAUGGAAAAACUAUAUUGAUAGACAAGGCUUUACAUGUAGCAACAGUGAAGGAAGAUGUCAGAGAGAAUAUGGAUAUUGUUCUGAUUUGUACGGUUAGUCUACCCACGAAUAAAGUUGUCUGGCGACAUAACGGCAGAGAUAUUAAACAACACACUAGACAUCAUGUAUCGGUGCAGGAACUAGAACACAAACUGACCAUCAGGAAUGCCAAGUUUGAAGAUAAUGGUGAAUAUACAGUUGACUUCAGAGAUGUCGCAUCAAGUACAACAUUGGCCUUAAAAGACAAUCCAGUAUUUACAGAAAUGCUUCAGGACAGAUGUGUCUUUCUCGGCGAACCAGCAAUUCUAACGUGCCGACUCAAUGCUUCUGAGAAAGCAGUCACGUGGCGACAUGAUUACAAACCAGUAGAAGAAACAGACACCGUAAUUUUAGUUAACAAAGAAUGCGCCCACUGGCUAGCAAUUUCAAAUGCAAAGUUGGCAGAUGCAGGGCAUUAUUCUUGUACAUGUGGUGACUCUUCAACAUCCGCAUUCCUGAAAAUUUCAGAUAAACCAUUGAAAAUAACCAAGAGUCUGCAUGUAGCUACAGCAGAAGCAGAUGUCAGAGAGAAUAUGGAUGUUGUUUUAAUGUGCGAGGUCAACCGACACACAAAUAACGUUGUCUGGCGACAUAACAGCCAAGUGAUUAAACCAUGUAAUAGACGAGUUGUUUCCGUAGAUGACUUAGAACACAAACUGUCAGUCCGGAAUGCAAAGUUUCAAGAUGAGGGUGAUUACACAGUUGACUUUGCUGAUAACACAUCAAGUGUACAAUUGACAAUUAAAGGCAACCUUAAUUUUUCGCACAAAAAACAACUAACAGAAGAACUGUAUAGAAACUGGAUCAGAGGUGCACUUGGUCUGAAAUAUUUGAAAAUUGGUCUAGAGAGGUUUUCCGAUACUACUGUAAAUAAACAUCACUGUGAAAUGGUGGCACGGCUUCCGACCUCUGCAAACAUCUGUACAAACUGUACAGAAGAAUUGCUUCUCCCAUCGCACGCAAAGAAGAAUUGUCCAAAUAAAUCAAAGUGUCUUUGUUCGAAGAGCCCAAAGAAGAGGAAAAUUUGUCCUAGUGGAGGAUUUUGUAGUACAUUCCAUGAUCAAAUACUUUAUGAUCAUCGAUUCAACGAUCCAUUACUAAAAAACACGGACAUACAAAAGUGGAGCAGUGAUCCUUGGAGCAUUGCUACAUGUUAUAUCGGUACUACUGGCUACAAAGGCAAAACGUCAGCGAAAGAUGUUGACUGUGCAGGAUUGCUGAGCAUAUUCAUCAACAACACCUUCUUCCACAGAAGUCUCGGUGACGUCGAAAUAAAUGGUGAAACAGAUUUAUUUAAACAGGCGAGGGAAGCACGUAAUGAUAUUCUUCACAAUGCGAACUAUGAGCUGUCUGAAGGUCAACUCCGUGAUUAUAUAGACUUGUUCAUAAAUGCACUUGAGAUCAGAGACCUAAGUAAUGGAAGAACCCCAUUGUCCGAUCAACGAGAUGUUCAAGAGGCAAUUAAAAACUUGAAUGAGUUAAGGGACAAGCAGAUCGAAGUACACGUUUCCGAAGAUCUUAAAAAGGAGAUAAGAGAACUACAUGAGCAUGCCAUGAGUGAAUUAGCGGAUAAUGUUCAAGAAGCAAUAAAACAG